UCCUCUUGCAGACAGCAUAGAAGAUGAGUUUGAACUGUCUACGGUUUGCCAUCGUCCAGAAGGCCUUGAACAGCUACAAGAACAAACCAAAUUCACCAAAAAAGAACUUCAGGUUCUAUAUCGAGGCUUUAAAAAUGAGUGUCCCAGCGGCAUUGUCAACGAAGAUAACUUCAAACAAAUCUACUCCCAGUUCUUUCCACAGGGAGACUCCAGCAUGUAUACGCACAUUUUCUGUUCAAUGCGUUCGACACACCGACCACAACGGCUCCGUCAAUUUCGAGGGAUUUUGUAGCGGGAUUGUCAGUCAUCUUGCGAGGGAGUAUAGACGACAAACUGAACUGGGCCUUUAAUUUGUACGACCUAAACAAAGAUGGCUGCAUAACUAAAGAGGAGAUGAUGGACAUCAUGAAAUCCAUAUACGACAUGAUGGGCAAGUACACGUACCCGAAUAUGAGGGAAGAGGCACCCAGAGAGCACGUGGAGAACUUUUUUUCCAGAAAAUGGAUAGAAAUAAGGAUGGUGUAGUCACAAUCGAAGAAUUCAUAGAAUCAUGUCAGAAGGAUGAAAACAUUAUGAGAUCCAUGCAGCUCUUCGACAACGUCAUUUAG